GGUUACCACAUUAAACAAUGACCGGAAGCACCGAAACUCGCCAGAAGGAAGUCAAGGAGCCACAAGUUGACGUUUCGGAUGAUUCCGACAACGAGGCCGUCGAGCAAGAGCUCACCGAGGAGCAAAGACGUGUGGCCGAGGCUGCUGGACUUGGAGAUCACAUCGACAAGCAGGCCAAGCAAAGCCGCUCCGAGAAGAAGGCCCGCAAGCUCUUCUCCAAGCUCGGACUCAAGCAAGUGACUGGUGUCUCCCGUGUCUGCAUUCGCAAGUCGAAGAACAUCCUCUUCGUCAUAAACAAGCCAGACGUGUUCAAGAGCCCAGGAUCUGACACCUACAUCAUCUUCGGAGAAGCCAAGAUCGAGGAUCUCACCCAACACGCCCAGAUGUCUGCUAUUGAGAACUUGAAGCCAACUCGUGAGGCCCCACAACUCAAGACUGUCGAAGAGGACGAGAAUGAGGAUGUUGAGGAGGAUUCCACCGGCAUUGAGGAGAAGGACAUCGAGCUUGUCAUUUCCCAAGCCAACACCACCCGCAACAAGGCCAUCAGGGCGCUUAAGGAAGCUGACAAUGACAUCGUCAAUGCCAUCAUGAGCCUUACCAUGUAGCUUGUUUCCUGAUGACCUUGCAGAUACUCUUGUUAUCGUUGUAUCUCUUGCUUAUCCCGUUUUCCGUUCCAAGUAAACGUUUAUCAGUCUUUUU